UGAGAGAGCAGGGGAAAUACUCAAUCUGUGUCACUCACUCCUGUGAGCCUGCCUCCUCAUUCCAGGACUGCAAACGGAAGCAAUCACCAAAAUGAAGACUGCUUUAAUCUUGCUCAGCAUUCUGGGAAUGGCCUGUGCUUUCUCAAUGAAAAAUUUUCACAGAAGAGCCAAGGCAGAGGAUUCUGAAGAAAAUGGGGUCUUUAAGUACAGACCACGGUAUUAUCUUUAUAAACAUGCCUACUUUUACCCUCCUUUAAAACGAUUUCCAGUUCAGGGUAGCAGUGACUCAUCUGAAGAAAAUGGAGAUGGUGAUAGCUCUGAAGAAGAGGAAGAGGAAGAGGAGAAUUCAAACGAAGAAGAGAACAACGAGGAGUCUAACGAAAACGAAGACGAGGCCGAGAACGCCACCCUCUCCGCCACGACGCCCGGCUACGGCGAGGGGACCACGCCCGGGGCGGGGACCUACGAGGCGGAGUACGAGCCGACGGGCACCAGCGAGUACGACGCCGCCUACGAGGUCUACGAGAACGGGAACGGGGAGCCCCGCGGGGACAGCUACCGCGCCUACGAGGACGAGUACGGCUACUACAAGGGGCGCAGCUACGACAGCUACGACGGCCACAGUUACUACGACCCGCAGUGA